AUGGACCAUAUUCCAAAGGACAUGGAACAUGUGGACCGGCGCGAGCUGUAUACAUCGCUUCCAGUUCGAGUCCAGUAUCUCCAGCAAUUCCUCGAAUUCGGAGCAGAUGAUGUUGUUGCUCUGAUCGAGGGUCAGAAAUAUAUCAAGGCCAUCAUUCCCGCCAUUGUCAAUAUGGUGUACAAGAAGCUGCUGAAGCACGAUAUCACGGCCCGAGUCUUCAGCACGCGAGAUAGCCGGGUUGAAGAAAACCCCACCAAAUGGAUCAAAGAAGACGACGCUCAGAUUCGGCACCGAAAGAUGUUCUUGAGAUGGUAUCUCACGAAGCUCAACUCCGAUCCCAGCAAAAUGGAGUAUUGGCAAUAUCUAGACAAAGUCGGGUUGAUGCAUGUGGGCAAAGGACGCCGCAAUCCCCUCCACGUGGACUACAUCUUUCUCGGCGCGUGUCUGGGCUACAUCCAGGACUCGAUGACAGAAGCCAUCCUCUCGCACCCGCGGGUGGAACUCACGCAGAAGAUUGCCAUCGUCAAGGCCAUCGGUAAAGUGAUCUGGAUUCAGAACGACCUCAUGGCGAAAUGGCACAUCGAGGACGGGCGAGAAUUCCUGGACGAGGAGAUUGAGGAGGACAUGGAAGCCGAGGCGCGCGAGCCUGAGGGCUACCUCAACGGGAAACGGAUCUUGGGCGGUAACGGUGGGGCCGCCGGAAACGAUGACGACAGCUCAAUCGCCGGCACCGUGUCGUCGACGUCGUCGGAAAAGAGCACGACCAGCCUCGGCCGCACCAUGGAGCAGGUCCGCCUGUCCAACGAACAGCAACAGAAGUUCACCUGCCCAUUUAGUGGUAUGACGACCUCAGCCGGUCCAGAGGACAUGGAGAAGCAGCGAGCAACCACAUGGCGACCGAGCCGGCGGGAGCUGGUACAGGGCGAGCCGACGUCGCCUCCUCGUGUGCCAACCGGCAUCCCGCGACUCCGCGUGAUUGAUGGCAAGACCAGCUGUAAAGAGAAUCUGGAGCCGAAUCCGUUUAUAUAG